CAGCUUCGACAUCUUCCGUCAAACCAUGGCCCGCAUCUGUCGGCGAAGCUUACGCAUCCGCGGCUUGCCACUCUUCAGCCUGGGCCAUCCUUGGUCUUCCGUGGUGAAUGCCGAGGGGAAGCUGGCGCUCAGUCUUUUCGAACCCCGCUUUGUGGAAGCGGCGGGGAAACUGUUACCACCUUCGGCCGAUGCGCGAUCCGCUGCGCGAUUUGGCUACGCCGAGUCCUACCCUCCCCGCGAGCGAUCUGCCGGCGUCCUUGCCAACAUCGAGGAUCACCGAUGGAUCGAGGAGGGUCAUGAAGAAUUUGUGGCUGGCUAUGGCUCCGACCCUCAGGUCCAAGUCUUGGCCAACAAUGGUGGCCGCUUUCGGAUCCUGAAAGUCCGAGAAGAGCACCGUGAUGGCAUUGAUUUGUACUAUGCCCAUGUCCAGCUGCUGUCUGAAAGGGAUCUUCAGAGGGGUUGUGGAGCAGAGGCGAUGCGCUAUUGGGCCGAGGAGGUGUCCAAAGGCUCCAGCCCUGCAGGUGACUCCCGUGCUUCACAGGUGAAGUCUGGGACCCAUUUGCUGGCCAUGGUGCCAGCGCCCGUCUUCGAAUCGCCGGAGAGUUGGAGGAUCAUUGGCCAGGUCCCCACGGGCGUUCGCGUCAUCGCCAUGGACCUGCCACGGGUGGUGGAGGGCUACCUAAUGGUUCCCAUCGUGCCGAGCGGUGCCGUGGAACUCACACUCUUCCGGGAGCCGGAGGGGCCCAUGCCGGAGGUCCAGCUUCCCGAUGCGGAUGCAUUGAAGGCGGCCAUCGAUGGUCUACAGAGGUGCCAUCCAGGCCCGCUGGGGCCUGGCGUCGGCUCUGCAGACGUGCGCGGAGCAAGGCAUGGAG